CUCACCAGUCACCGAGUGACGAGAACGACCAACAUUGCAUAUAUUUACACUGCCAAGUGCCAACACGUCGCUGAGCGACCCCAUUCAUUCAUCAUUCGCAUUUCACUUCUCGAGCACCCUUCACUGCUGCACUCAUCGUGCUCUUAAAGAUCAACAGAAAAAAAACAUGGAUCAAGUAACAAAAGUGUUGGAACCCGGACGCCAGUUUUCCAAAGACUCGGUUAGGCUGGUGAAAAGAUGCACUAAACCCGACAGGAAAGAGUUCCAAAAAAUCGCAAUCGCUACGGCCAUCGGUUUUUGCAUUAUGGGUUUCAUUGGUUUCUUUGUCAAACUUAUCCACAUACCCAUCAACAACAUCAUUGUAGGAUCAUGAAGCGUUAGUGGGUCAAUUCCUUUAUUUCCUGAAAACAUUGUUUCGUCAUGAAAAGAUGUUUGUAAUUCACAAUAUUUUGUUUUUAUACUGUAUAUUAAAUAUUUGUGAACAUAA